GCCGGGCCCGGGAGCGGCUGGAGGGAGGCGCCGAAACGCGGCAGCCCAGCUGGGCCUCGGCUCCGGACCCCGAUCGGCCUCAGCCGGCGCUGGAGAGACGCUGGCGGGAUUAAGAAAUUCGGUGCGAUAGGCUGCUAACUCCGACUGGGACACCUCCCAGCACUAUAUUCCAUCAUGUUUAACUUGAUAAAAAAGGACCGAGAGGGGUCCAGAAGGGACAAGAAGGACAAGAAGGAGAAAAAGGAGAGGAUGUCAGCAGCUGAGCUGAAGAGCCUGGAGGAGAUAAGUAUGCGCAGGGGCUUUUUCAAUAUCAGUCGGGCCUCCAAGAGGGACUCUAAGAAUCGGCUGGAGAUCUCCAACCCCAUCCCUAUUAAGGUGGCCAGCGGCUCUGACUUGCAUUUGACUGAUAUUGACUCGGACAGCAAUCGAGGGAGCGUGUUGCUGGAUUCAGGGCAUCUCAGUACCGCCAGUUCCAGCGACGACCUCAAAGUGGAUGACACCACCUUCAAGGGGUCUGUGCUGCAACGGGCGGCCAAGUUUGGCUCGCUAGCCAAGCAGAACUCCCAGAUCAUUGUUAAGAGGUUCUCCUUCUCGCAGAAAAGCCGUGAUGAAAGUACCUCGGAAACUUCCACCCCGUCUGAACACUCAGCUGCCCCUUCCCCGCAAGUGGAGAUGCGGACUCUGGAGACGCAGCUGGCCAAACAAGGUGUGGCUCCAGGCCCUCUCCGUGCUCCACUGGUGUCUGCCUCUCGAGCCAGGUUGCCCGAGGUGGUCAGCAAGAGGUUCCCUGCUGAGCUGAAGCUCCCUGUGGUAGUUCCUCCGGAGCCUCCGGUUCCCAGGCAGCUGGAGUUGCAGCGGCGCAACACAGGUGACUUUGGUUUCUCAUUGCGCCGCACCACCAUGUUGGAUAGGACUCCAGACGGGCAGGUCUACCGGCGGGUGGUGCAUUUUGCCGAGCCAGGUGCUGGCACCAAAGAUCUGGCUUUGGGCUUGGUGCCGGGGGACCGAUUGGUGGAGAUCAACAACCGCAACGUGGAGAAUAAGUCCCGGGAUGAGAUCGUGGAGAUGAUCCGGCAGUCGGGGGAGACAGUGCGCCUUAAAGUGCAGCCUAUCCUAGAGCUGAGUGAACUGAGUCGCUGCUGGCUAAGGAGUGGGGAGGGUCUUUGCCGAGCAGCCUUUGAUCUGGAGCCCCCGAACCCUGCGGCUGCACUAAGCCAGGCAAAGACGGAGGAGCAAAUUGCAGCUGAAGAGGCCUGGUACGAAACGGAUAAAGUGUGGCUGGUCCACAAGGAUGGCUUUUCCUUAGCAAGCCAGCUGAAGACGGAUGCUGCUGGGCUUCUCCCUGAUGGGAAAGUCAAGGUGAAGUUGGACUACGAUGGGGCUGUGCUCGAGGUGGACGAAGAUGAUGUGGAGAAGGCCAACCCUCCCUCGUGCGACCGUGCGGAGGACCUGGCUGGCCUCGUCUAUCUCAACGAGUCCAGCGUCUUGCACACGCUGCGCCAGCGCUACGGCGGAAACCUCAUUCACACCUAUGCCGGGCCCAACAUGGUCGUCAUCAACCCCCUCAGCUCUCCAUCCAUAUACUCCGAAAAGGUGAUGCACAUGUUCAAGGGGUGCCGCCGAGAGGACACGUCGCCCCACAUCUAUGCCGUGGCCCAGGCUGCCUACCGCAACAUGCUGAUGAGCCGCCAGGACCAGUCCAUCGUCCUCUUGGGCAGCAGUGGCAGCGGCAAGACCACCAGCUGCCAGCACCUGGUCCAGUACUUGGCCACUGUAGCCGGCAGCUCCGGGAGGGUCUUCUCAGUGGAGAAGUGGCAGGCUCUGUACACCAUCCUGGACGCCUUUGGCAACAGCGGCACCAGCUUGAAUGGCAAUGCCACUCGCUUCUCACAGAUCAUCUCGCUGGACUUCGACCAGGCCGGCCAAGUGGCUUCUGCUUCCGUGCAGACAAUGUUGCUGGAGAAGCUCAGGGUAGCCAAGCGCCCUGCCAGCGAGGCCACUUUCAACGUCUUCUAUUACCUGCUGGCCUGUUCGGACAAUGCUCUCCGGACAGAGCUUCAUUUCAACCACUUGGCAGAAAACAACGUCUUUGGGAUCAUGCCUCUGUCAAAGCCAGAGGAGAAGCAGAAGGCGGCCCAGCAGUUUAGCAAGCUCCAGGCGGCCAUGAAAGUGAUGGGCAUUUCUGGGGAGGAGCAGAAGGCCUUCUGGCUCAUCCUGGGUGCCAUUUAUCACCUGGGGGCUGCAGGAGCUACCAAAGACGCCGAUGAAGCUGGGAGGAAGCAGUUUGCUCGUCACGAGUGGGCCCAGAAAGCGGCCUACUUGCUGGGAUGCACUCUAGAGGAGCUGUCUUCCUCCAUCUUCAAGCAUCAGCCCAAAGGGACGCUGCAGAGGUCCACCUCCUUUCGCCAGGGGCCGGAGGAUGGUUCUCUGGGAGACAGCUCAGGUCCAAAGACAUCUGCUCUGGAAUGCUUGGAGGGUCUUGCCUCAGGCUUGUACUCCGAGCUGUUCACGCUGCUGAUCUCCCUCCUCAACAGGGCUCUCAAAUCCAGCCAGCGCUCCUUAUGUUCCAUGAUGAUUGUGGACAGCCCCGGCUUCCAGAACCCUGAGAUGGCCGGGCAGAGCCGCGGGGCCACCUUCGAGGAGCUCUGCCAUAACUACGCCCAGGAGCGACUGCAGACGCUGUUCCACGAAUGCACUUUCGUGCAGGAGUUGGAGCGCUACAAGGAGGAAAACAUAGUCCUUUCCUUAGAUGCCUUAGAGCCCAGUACAUCGGGCUCUGUAGCCACAAUAGACCAAGCGUCCCACCCGGCACUGGUCCGCUCGCUCGCCCGGACUGAUGAAGCCCGUGGCCUGCUCUGGCUACUUGAAGAGGAGUCCCUUCAGCCUGGAGGCAAUGAGGACACCCUGCUGGAACGGCUGUUUGCUUACUACGGCCCACAGGAUGGAGACAAGAAAGGUCACAAUCCUUUGCUGCGGAGCAGUAAGCCACGGCACUUCUUCUUGGGCCACAGCUAUGGCACUAACUGGGUGGAAUAUGACACCACAGGCUGGCUGAGCUACGUCCGGCAGAAUCCCGCCUCCCAGAACUCCUCAAUUCUCCUGCAGGGGUCUCAGAAGAAGAUAAUCAGCAGCCUCUUUGCGGGCCGAGCUGGGACCACCAUGGUGUUGUCUGGGUCCAUCGCUGGCCUGGAGGGGGGCUCCCAGCUAGCCCUGCGCAGGGCCACAAGCAUGCGGAAGACCUUCACCACAGGGGUGGCAGCUGUGAAAAAGAAGUCGCUCUGCAUCCAGAUCAAGCUGCAAGUGGAUGCGCUGAUCGACACCCUCAAAAAGUCAAAGCUCCACUUUGUGCAUUGCUUCCUGCCCAAGGCAGAUGGCUGGAGUGGGGACCCCAAAGGACCGUGCGCGCGGCGGGUUAGCACAAGCGAACUGGAUCUCCACGGGGAGCACUGCGAGGCUGGUCUCAUGCAGCUGGAUGUGCCCCUGCUGAGGGCCCAGAUACGGGGCUCCCGCCUCCUUGAUACCCUUCGGAUGUACCGUCAAGGUUACCCUGAUCACAUGGUCUUUGCAGAGUUUCGACGACGCUUCGACGUCCUGGCCCCUCACCUGACGAAGAAACAUGGGCGCAAUUAUAUCGUCAUGGAUGAGAAGCGGGCAGUGGAGGAGCUCUUGGAAUCCCUGGAGCAGGAGAAGAGCAGUUUCCACAUGGGCUUGAGCCGGGUGUUUUUCCGGGCAGGAACAUUGGCCAAGUUGGAGGAGCAGCGCGAUAAACAGAUGAGCAGAAAUAUCACGCUUUUCCAGGCGGCCUGCCGUGGCUUCCUUGCACGCCAGCAGUUCAAGAAGAGGAAGAUCCAAGACUUGGCGAUCCGCUGCGUGCAGAAGAACAUCAAGAAGAACAAAGGGGUCAAGAAUUGGCCUUGGUGGAAGCUCUUCACCACCGUCAGGCCCCUCAUUGAAGUUCAGCUCACAGAGGACCAGAUCCGAGGCAAAGAUGAGGAGAUCCAGCAGCUGAAAAACCGUCUCGAGAAGGUGGAGAAGGAACGAAAUGAAUUGCGGCUGAGCAGUGACCGCUUGGAGAGCAAGAUCACGGAGCUGACCUCAGAACUGACUGACGAGAGGAACACAGGAGAAUCCGCCUCCCAGCUCCUGGACGCCGAGACUGCAGAGCGGCUGCGAGCAGAAAAAGAUAUGAAAGAGUUACAGGCCAAAUACGACGCCCUCAAGAAGCAGAUGGACUCCAUGGAGAUGGAAGUGAUGGAGGCGCGUCUCAUCCGUGCUGCUGAACUCAAUGGGGAGAUGGACGAUGACAACUCUGGUGGCGAGUGGCGGCUGAAGUAUGAACGUGCCAUCCGCGAGAUUGAUUUCACCAAAAAGCGCUUGCAGCAGGAGCUGGAGGACAAGCUGGAGGUGGAACAGCAGAGCAAGAGGCAGCUGGACAGACGGCUGGCAGAUCUGCAGGCCGACAGUGAGGAGAGCCAGCGUGCCCUGCAAACUCUGAAGAAGAAGUGCCAGCGCCUGACGGCAGAGCUGCAGGACACCAAGUUACACCUGGAAGGCCAGCAGGGCCGGAAUCAUGAGCUGGAGAAGAAACAGCGCAAGUUUGAUGGCGAGCUCUCUCAAGCUCACGAGGAGGCCCAGCGGGAAAAGCUCCAGCGGGAGAAGCUGGCCAGAGAGAAGGACAUGCUCAUCACGGAGGUUUUCAGCCUCAAGCAGCAACUCGAGGAGAGGGACUCCAACAUCGCCAACUACACGCAGAAAGUGGAAUUGCUGGAGGCGGAGUUGCAGGAUCUCUCCUCGCAGGAGUCCAAAGACGAGGCUUCCCUGGCCAAAGUCAGGAAGCAGCUCCGGGAUCUGGAGGCCAAGGCGAAGGACCAGGAGGAGGAGCUGGAUGAGCAGGCGGGCACCAUUCAGAUGCUGGAGCAGGCCAAGCUCCGGCUGGAAAUGGAGAUGGAGCGGCUGCGGCAGACACAUGCCAAGGAGGUGGAGAGCCGGGACGAGGAGGUGGAGGAGAUCAGGCAGUCGUGCCAGAAGAAGCUGAAGCAGAUGGAGAUGCAGCUGGAAGAGGAAUAUGAGGAGAAGCAGAAGGUGCUGCGAGAGAAAAGGGACCUGGAAAGCAAACUGGCCACCGUCAGCGACCAGGUUAACCAGAGGGACUUUGAGACAGAGAAGCGGCUGCGGAAGGAUCUGAAGCGCACCAAAGCCCUCCUGACUGACGCCCAGGUCAUGCUCGACCACCUGAAAAACAACGCGCCCAGCAAGCGGGAGAUCGCACAGCUUAAAAAUCAGCUGGAGGAGUCGGAGUUCACAUGCGCUGCGGCGGUGAAAGCUCGCAAAUCCAUGGAGGUGGAGAUUGAGGACCUGCACUUGCAAAUCGAUGACCUUGCCAAGGCCAAGGCAGCGCUGGAAGAACAAUUGAGCCGUUUGCAGAGGGAGAAAAACGAGGUGCAGAGCCGGCUGGAGGAAGACCAGGAGGACAUGAAUGAGCUGAUGAAGAAGCACAAGGCAGCCGUGGCCCAGGCUUCUCGGGACCUGGCUCAGAUCAAUGACCUCCAGUCACAGCUGGAAGAUGCCAAUAAAGAGAAGCAGGAGUUGCAGGAGAAGCUGCAAGGCCUGCAGAGCCAGCUGGAGUUCCUUGAGCAGUCCAUGGUGGACAAGUCUUUGGUCAGCAGGCAGGAGGCCAAGAUCCGCGAGCUGGAGACGCGCCUGGAGUUUGAGAGGACGCAAGUGAAGCGCCUGGAGAGCUUGGCCACCCGACUGAAGGAGAACAUGGAGAAGCUGACGGAAGAGCGAGACCAGCGGACAGCUGCCGAGAACCGGGAGAAGGAGCAGAAUAAAAGGCUGCAGCGCCAGCUGCGGGAUACCAAGGAGGAAAUGGCCGAGCUGGCCAAAAAGGAGGCCGAAGCCAGCCGCAAGAAACAUGAACUGGAGAUGGACCUGGAGAGUUUAGAAGCUGCUAACCAGAGCCUGCAGUCAGACCUGAAGCUGGCCUUCAAGCGGAUCGGGGACCUGCAGGCCGCGAUUGAGGACGAGAUGGAAAGCGACGACAAUGAGGAUCUGAUCAACAGUUUGCAGGACAUGGUGACAAAGUACCAGAAGCGCAGGAAUAAGCUUGAGGGCGACUCGGACGCCGACUCCGAGCUAGAAGAUCGCGUGGACGGCGUGAAGUCCUGGCUGUCCAAGAACAAAGGCUCUUCCAAAACCGUCUCUGAGGAUAGCAGCUUGAAGAGCAGCAGAUCAGCAGUGCCCUUGGUGCCCAGAGAGGGGAAAGAGGUUAAGGAGAUGGAGGAGAGGCCUGUGUCAGUCAUGAGUUCUCUGAGCUACAGGAAGCGGACCAACCUCAAGGACUCCAUCGGUGGCAAAGGGGACGAGGAGACCCUUUUCUCCACCCUGAGCGAACGCUCAGCCUCUCCCGAUCGCUCAUUCCGCAAGACCAAGCGACACUCAGUGGCAAGCGCUUUGGAGGAGGGCAAUUCCCUCGCCUCUUGGAAGAAGCCAGCUGGGGCUGGCGAGCUGGAGGACAGGGGCUCAGUCCUCUCCCAGUCCUUCUCUGAGGCCGGCAGUCAGGUCCGCAAGGGGCUGGAGAAGCGAUGCUCUCUCUCAGCCGCUGAGUUGGACAAGGCUUCAGUUCUGUCCGCCCCCAUCAGUCGCAGCGGUGCCUCUUGGUGCGGCCUGGAGGCCCGCGAGGAUGACGCCAGGUCAUCCCUGAGCUUUGCUUUGUCCAGCCCGGGCAGCUUGAGGCGGAGCACCUCCCGCCUGGAUGACCUCAGCCCGUCCUACAGCCGACCAGCCUCACGCCUCUCCUUGGGCCUCUCUCAGCUGGACGAUGCGUGUAGCGUGGCCCUGAGCGAUUCCCGUUCAUUGUGCAGCCAGCACUCUCUCACUCGUAGUCUCUCCGUGCCCCCACGGCCUCGUACCUCGGCUUCGGUUGAGCUGCAGUCAGAAGACCCCGAUAUCCAGCCUGUUAGCCAUCGCAGCUACCUGGACCCAGACCUGGAGGCGGCCAUCAGUGAGGUGCUGAACUACAAGCCUGUCAAGUUCAAGCGCUCCAGCAUGGAUCCGGACUCUGAAGACGAGGAUGAUCGGAAGAGUGUGCGGAGCUCCAAGAGUGCCCUCUUGGAGUCAGCUGAGCACCCCGCCAGCAGCCUGCGCAGGUCUGCAUCGGCCAUGGAUUUCUCCAGGCCUCACAGCGCUAAAGGUAAGAGCAGGAAGAGGAGCAGUAGCUCCUCCAGCAGCUCUUCCUCUUCCUCGUCUUCAGAGAGACAAAGGAAGAGCUCCAAGAAACACUCCAAGAAGUCCAAGAAGAAGAAGCACCAGCGGUUGCGUUCCGGCUCCUCCUCGGAGUCGUCCUCUGGCACAUCGUCCGGCUCCACCGUCUCAUACCGCAGCAACUCUAGCAUCAAGAAAGGUCCCAAGCGGGGAGGCCCGGCCUCCGAAGAGCAGGAUGCUGGUGCAGCCAGGCAGGGGCACGAGGCCAGGAAGUCAACCAAGCAGCGCAAGAAGGAGGAGAAGCAACGCAAGAAAGAGGUGGACAGCCUGAUGAUGAAGUACCUCUAUCGGCCAGAGAGCGACUAAGCCCCCCAGGCUAUCGGAAAUCAUUUACCUAUGACAAGUCAGACGAGGAGCGAGACAUCUUUGACAGCACUCACAGGCCCAAGCGCUCCUC